AUGGGUUCUAUUAAGGACAACGUUCCAGAACUGGAACAUGGCUUUCUUCAGGGUGAAAGGGGCGAAGAACGCAAAUUUCUUGAGGAUGAAAGGGGCGAACAACACACCGGAGAUGGUUCUGUUGAUUUUAAAGGGAGGCCUUCUAUUAAGGACAAAACUGGCAACUGGAAAGCUUGUCCAUUUAUUUUAGGCAAUGAAUGUUGCGAACGUUUGGCUUUCUUUGGCAUUGCAACAAACCUUGUUACCUAUCUUACCACCAAACUACAUGAAGGAAACGUCUCUGCUGCGAGAAAUGUCGGCAUCUGGCAAGGAACUUGUUAUCUUACACCUGUCAUUGGAGCUGUUCUUGCUGAUGGUUACUGGGGAAGAUACUGGACAAUUGCUGUUUUCUCUAUGAUUUAUUUCGUUGGGAUGUGUAUCUUGACUAUUUCUGCAUCUGUGCCAUCUUUGAAGCCAGCCGAGUGUUCAGGUUCGGUGUGUCCUCCGGCUAGUCCUUUGCAAUAUUACCUGUUCUACUUUGGUCUCUAUGUAAUUGCACUUGGGACUGGUGGUGUAAAAUCAUGUGUAUCGCCUUUUGGGGCAGAUCAGUUUGAUGAAACUGAUCCUGAGGGAAGUGCUAAGAAGGCUUCCUUUUUCAACUGGUAUUACUUUUCGAUCAUGCUAGGCGCUUUGGUGUCCUGCACCUUCGUUGUGUGGGUUCAAGAUAAUUUAGGAUGGGGUCUUGGAUUUGGCAUUCCUGCUUUAUUUAUGGGGUUAUCCGUUGGAAGUUUCUUUUUCGGUACCUUUCUAUACAGGUUUCAAAAACCAAAGGGGGGUCCUCUUACAAGUAUGUGCCAGGUUCUGUUCGCAUCUGUGCGAAAGCGGAAUUUGGUUGUGCCGGAGGAUAAAAGUCUCCUGUAUGAGACACCUGACAGGCAACCAGGAGUUAAAGGAAGUUGCAAACUGAUGCAUCAUGAUGAUAUGAGAUAUCUUGAUAAAGCAGCUGUAGUGACUGAUUCAGACAACAGAAGCUCUAAUCCAUGGAGGCUUUGCACUGUGACACAAGUGGAAGAAUUGAAAAUCUUGAUUCGCAUGCUUCCAAUUUGGGCUACUGGCAUAAUAUUUUCUGCUGUCUACGCACAGAUGUCAACAUUGUUUGUGGAGCAAGGAACUAUGAUGAACACAUACCUUGGUUCCUUCAAAUUACCCCCAGCUUCCUUGUCAACCUUUGAUGUGCUAAGUGUUGUUUUUUGGGUCCCUGUCUAUGACAGGAUAAUUGUUCGUGUCGCAAGGAGAUUUACAGGCAGGAAAAUGGGGUUUUCUGUGUUUCAAAGAAUAGGAAUUGGCCAUUUUAUUUCUGUGUUGUGCAUGCUAUCAGCUUCUAUUGUGGAGAUUAAGCGCCUGCAGCUUGCAAGAAAGCUUGACCUUGUGGAUAAACAUGUCGCCGUACCCCUUAGUGUAUUAUGGCAAAUACCUCAAAAUUUCUUAUUAGGUGCAUCAGAGGUAUUCACACUGAUUGGGCAGAUUGAGUUCUUCUAUGACCAAUCACCAGAUGCUAUGAGGACUUUAUGCAGUGCAUUGCCACUGGUGAGUUUUUCAUUGGGGAAUUACUUGAGCUCUUUAAUGCUUACUAUAGUAACUUAUUUCACCACACGAGGUGGAAAGGUUGGAUGGAUUCCAGAUAACUUGAACGAGGGACAUCUUGAUUACUUUUUUCAACUUAUAUCUGGACUUUGCUUAUUAAAUGCAUUGCUGUACAUAAUUGCUGCCAAAAUGUACAAGCAGAAGAAAAGAUCGUAA